CGUGAAUUACCCCGUACUCUUUUAACGUGCCGCCAUCUUGCUACAGCAAAUGAAGUGAUGAGAAGCAUAUUAAUUUAAAGGGAUGAUUUUUUUAUGAUUACCGAAUAUCUGGGGUGCGUCCUACCAUGAAGGAAUAAAACACACUACGGUCCUACACUGCCUAGGGCUACGAGGAAUCUCCGAAUUUCCAGGAAUUGGACUCAUUACCGUAGCAAGCCCACCAUCAAUCCAACAUCAAUGAACCCAGUUGCCAUGGCAACCAAAUACAAGGAUGAGAUUUUCUGUGCAGCAGAGUACAUCAGUGUUCGUGGCAUCCAGACUCGCAUAAUGAAAGUCCAGAAGCGUGACUCUGAUGAUGACAGAAGCGACGUCGAUGUCCUUGAUGUGCUUUUUCUAGUCAUUCCAGGUAACCCUGGAGUGGUCGAUUUCUAUGAAGUUUUUAUGCAAACACUGUACAAGGCCAGUGCAUACAGGGCAUCUGUGUGGGGCGUGUCCCAUGCUGGGCAUACAUUACUUCCUAAAGAACACAACACAGAUACAUACAGUUUAGAUGACCAGAUUGACCACAAAGCAGCAUUCAUCCAAGAUUUUGUGCCCAAAGACAAAAGGAUCGUACUCAUCGGUCAUUCCAUUGGUUGCCACAUCAUCCUCCAGGUCAUGAAGCGACACCCUACUCUCCCCAUCCUCAAGGCUCUCCUCCUCUUCCCGACCAUUGAGAGGAUGUGGUCCUCCCCAAACGGCACUGUCUUGGCUCCGUUCCUCUGCUAUGCCCGCUGGCUAGGAGUCUUGGUGGUCUUUCUGGGCUCUUACCUCUCAGACUGGGUCAAGUGGCGGAUGAUCAACUGGUUCCUCAAAGACAAAAAGGUUCCAACAUGCGCCUUCCAUGCUGCCCUCAAUCUUUUCAAUCCUGGCUGUGCCAACAACGCACUCACUAUGGCAGCACAUGAGAUGCGGGAAGUGGUGGAACCAGACCUGGAUGCCAUCGCCCAACACCUGCCCAAGCUCGUCUUCUACUACGGUGCAACGGACGGAUGGUGCCCCGUCGACUAUUACGACGACAUGAGAGCGUUGUUCCCCGAGGGGGACAUUCGGCUCUGCAAGCGGGAUAGCCACGCGUUCUGCUUAGAGUCUAGUGAGCUGAUGGCAGAUAUGGUGUGGAACUGGCUCUGGAAUGUUAUCGUGCCAACAAAAAGCUGAAACAUGGCCUGUCAACAUGUGAGAACAUAAUGUACAUAAUGAUACAAAAGUGCCCCCCCUCGAUACCUCGAAUACCACAGAGCUUGAGAACAAUGAACUCUGGAGACAUUGCUCAAUCUCAGAGGAGUAUAAUACUUUACACCUCGAAAACUUACUCAUUCUUAUUAAUUUGAUUGAAACUAUCUUUAUACUCGUUUUAAUCAUAAUGUUAUCAGUGCCCUUUAUAAGAGCACAGAGAUUCACAGAUUUACUGUGUUUUGUUAUACAUUUGGACAAUUUUUACUUCAAAAUCGUAAAUCCUGAAUAUUUUUCAUCUGUGAAAGUCUCAUAUAAAAGGAAUAAAUAUGUGAAUCAUAUCAAAGUGAAUUUUUUUAA